UGGCCACCUCCAUCCUCGCUUGGUGGCACCUUCUUAUUUAAGAACCAGUUCUCUCUAUCCCCUCUGUCUCUCUCCAAUUUCCCCAAUCUCUCUGUGAACCCAUCUACUGUGUUAAAGAAUGGGGCUAGUGAUUCUGCUUAUUCUGCUGACUUACAUUGUGAGGAUCUCAGAGGCGCAGCUGAGAGUGGGGUUCUACGCGGAGACAUGCCCAGACGCGGAGGCCAUCGUCGGCAGCGUCGUCCGUCAAGCCGCCGCCUCCAACACCAACACCGCCCCCGUCUUGCUCCGGCUCCACUUCCACGACUGCUUCGUCCACGGCUGCGACGCUUCCAUCCUCAUCAACAACGGCCCCGAUGCGGAGAGGAACGCGUUUGGCCACCAAGGCGUUGGCGGGUUCGACGUAAUUGACCAGGCCAAGGCCCAGCUCGAAGCGGCGUGCCCCGGCGUGGUCUCUUGCGCAGAUAUCGUGGCCUUGGCUGCUCGUGAUGCCGUGGCCUUGGCAAAUGGUCCGGCUUAUCAGGUGCCUACAGGAAGAAGGGAUGGAAUGGUUUCGAAUGUUUCCAUGGCGGAUGGGAUGCCCGAUGUAUCUGACUCCAUUCAGCUACUCAAGUCCAGGUUCUUGCAGAAGGGCCUCUCGGACAAGGACCUCGUGCUUCUUACUGCUGCACAUACGAUCGGCACGACGGCGUGCUUCUUCAUGACGAGGAGGCUGUAUAAUUUCAGGCCCGGCGGCGGGUCGGAUCCGGCCAUAAACGCACAGUUCCUCGAGGAGCUAAAAUCUCGGUGCCCGGAGAACGGCGACGUGAACGUCCGGCUACCGAUUGAUCGAGGCAGCGCGCAGGCAUUCGACAACCAGAUCCUCCAGAACAUUCGCGGUGGAUUUGCAGUGCUGGAGUCCGAUGCAAGGCUGUACGACGAUGAGGGAACCAGGUCCGUGGUGGACUCUUACUUCGGCUUGCUCAGCCCCUUCGUCGGUCCCUUCUUCGAGACGGAUUUCGUUGAGUCGAUCGUGAAAAUGGGGGCGAUUGAUGUCAAAACAGGUUCGCAAGGUCAGAUUAGGCGUGUUUGUGGAGCUUUCAAUUGAAUUUACAGUUACAAGAAAAGCUAUAUGUAUACAUAUAUAAAUUUGUUUCAGUGUUCCAUUCUAUCUCGCCUAUAUCUCAAUUUACCAUCCGACUGGCAAAUGCAAAUUCUUCAUUUUAGUUGUAUGAAAUGUUCAUAAAUGAAUUUGAAAGUUUAAUGCA